CACGGCUCCUCUCGUGGCGUGCCAUGACUCGUGGCGAAGUUUUAGCGUCGCCUACCUCUACUCGUGGCGUGCCUACAACUCUUAGCCGGAUCUAUUACGCGCAGUUUUCGUGUUCGCGCGACGUUUCAUCCUCGCAACUAGUUUUCCGCGUUAUCGCAGCUUUUUUUUUUGUUUCCUACCUCUUACUAUUUCUUCUUGUCUGUCGCUUGUCAUUUGUUUUUCGUGUGGUACGCGAUUCGCGCGGCGUGUGCGCUCGUGCCCGGCUUGCUAGUUUCCAGUGUGUAACACGAGCUCAGUGUGAAACGGCUGACGUCGCUCGUCACGGCAUUUUUUUUUAAGCGUCACGCGGGUGAACCGGAAGAAAGAGGCUCGAUCUCGCCGGAAGUUGCCGAAGCUGCCGGCCAGCGUGAUCCGCAGACCGAUUCUCGACGCGCCAUCUCCUAACCUCUAAAAGCGUUUUCGCGAACCGCUCUCUGUGACAACCGAACCAAGCAGCGGCUGCGUCCUCCUGCUCUCAUCCGUGUGACGUUGUCUUCGAUUCGAUAUUCACGCGGCGUUCGCGCGUUCGUUCACUUCACUUGCCGCGUAGUGCGUGCGCGGAAAUCAUCGAUCUCUGUUUUUCCAAGUGACACACCAUCACCGAUCGCCGGUAUAAUAUUCGCGGGCGUCGCAACGCAUCGUGAAACAAAAGAGAUAAGGAAAUAUAUUCUAACCUGUGUGCCUCUCGUUUGUGUGCUUUGUGCCAAGGAUAUUCACGUGUGUGUGUACGAUAAUUACAACAUCGCCGGUCUUUCUCAGGGAGCACUACGGUUUUUUCUUUGGAUACGAUCUGAUCUUCCUUCGUCUGUGGACCACGUCCUACCGUUCCCACGGUAGGUCUAGUAAGCAAUAAAUUGAUUUGUGUUCUGUGCACGAAGGGAAAGUACGUGCGAAGAUUCUAGACAGUAUGAUGAUGGCAAACAUAUCCCCCGUUAUGCUGCCACCCCUUACCGACUAUGGGAUGCUGACUCCUACCCUCGGAAUAAAGGUGAGUGUCCCGGAAUUCCAGUACGCUCGAGGGGCGGGCGCGUCCCUGAUGAUGAGGGGUAGCGACGAGCUUUUGUCGCAAAGCGGAGCAGUUAGCAAUGGUGCUGCAAUGAGUCCACAACCACAUCACGCGGCCGAUAACAACAAUGACGCCAAGAAGGUUAAACUCGACAAGAGCCACAACGGCAAACUUUCGAGGGUUAUCCACAUCAGAAACAUCCCCAACGAAGUAUCGGAGGGUGAGAUCAUCCAUCUUGGCAUCCCCUUCGGCCGUGUCACAAACGUCCUCGUCCUCAAAGGGAAAAAUCAGGCGUUCCUGGAAAUGGCGGAUGAAAAUGCUGCAGCGACGAUGGUAAAUUAUUAUGCCUCGUGCAUGGCCCAGCUCCGUGGCAGAGCAGUCUACGUUCAAUUCAGCAACCAUCGUGAACUGAAAACGGAUCAAACGCACACCAACAAUGCGAACUCGAACAACCAAGUCGCGAUUCCUGGACAGAAUCAGGUGGCUCAGACACAAGCAGAGACCCAAGGGGGGCCCAAUACCGUUCUCAGAGUCAUCGUCGAGCAGAUGGUUUACCCAAUUUCCUUAGACGUGCUCUAUCAGAUAUUCACACGUUUUGGCAAGGUGCUGAAAAUCGUCACUUUCACGAAGAACAAUACUUUCCAGGCACUAAUACAAUACGCCGACAUGCUGUCAGCUCAAACCGCCAAACUCUCGCUGGAAGGUCAGAACAUAUAUAAUUCCUGUUGCACGUUGCGCAUCGACUACAGCAAGAUGCAGAACUUGAACGUGAAGUACAACAACGACAAGUCGAGGGAUUAUACCAACCCGUCUUUGCCAACUGGCGACGCGAAUUUGGACGCGGCAUCUCUUGCUUUGGGCGGCGAACUUCUUCCACAGUUGUUGAUGGGCGCUGGAUCGCAGCCUCGUGCAAGAAUACCCGUAGAGUCCAUUGCAGGGGCACCGGGUGUGCUGCCCACGCCCUUUGCGGCCAUGCACGGUCUACCCUCGCCCUUAGCAGGCCCGUACAACGGGGUUCCACCUGCCGGCGGAUUGGCUGGCCUCGGUGGGUUCCCUUUGGGUGCAGCUGGCCUUGGGGUGCGCGUCCCCACUAAUGCGCAAACCUCCGCUGUCCUGCUCGUCAGUAAUCUCAACGAAGAGAUGGUCACGCCUGACGCUCUCUUUACCCUGUUUGGCGUUUACGGGGAUGUACAGCGUGUGAAGAUUCUCUACAACAAGAAGGACUCGGCACUGAUUCAGAUGGCCGAACCGCAUCAGGCGCACUUAGCACUGACGCACAUGGACAAAUUGCGAGUAUUUGGCAAGCAGAUCAAGGUAAUGCUCAGCAAGCAUCAGACGGUUCAGUUACCGAAAGAGGGCCAACCAGACGCUGGAUUGACGAAAGAUUACACCAAUAGUCCUCUUCAUCGGUUCAAGAAACCAGGCUCCAAGAAUUAUCAGAACAUUUAUCCACCAAGUUCCACUCUGCAUUUAUCAAAUAUUCCUACAACUGUAACCGAAGAGGAGAUCAGGGAUGCAUUCACCAAAAAUGGCUUCACCGUGAAGGCAUUCAAGUUCUUCCCGAAAGACAGAAAGAUGGCGCUUAUACAGAUGCCAAGCAUGGACGAUGCCGUAGCUGCUUUGAUCAAAAUGCACAAUUACCAGUUAAGCGAGUCCAAUCACCUCAGAGUGUCAUUCUCGAAGAGCAACAUCUAACAAGAAUCACAAUUAAGCAACCUGCAGAAACCGCGAUCAAUGAGAAGGGGACCCAAGGUGAUCCAAAAUUUUAAGUGAAACUCCCAAUGUUAAAAGCGUUGAAAAAAAAAAAAACCUGUUAAAAACCAAAAACC